AUGGUGUCGGCCUUGGUUGCCCUGAAUCCCCGGAUCCUGACAAUGUCACAGACCAGAAUAGCUGCUGGAGCCACAUCUCUGUUUCUUACGCAGUUCCACCGCCAUCUUCAUUAUGCUCUUAUUCCUCAUGGGAAAGGAGGACGUUCUUCAAUCAGCGGGAUCGUGGCUACUGUAUUUGGAGCGUCGGGAUUCUUGGGUCGAUAUGUCGUCGGUCGCCUCGGGCGCAUAGGAUCACAGGUGAUUGUCCCCUAUCGGUGUGAGCCUUAUGAUAUUACGUAUCUCAAACCCAUGGGUGACCUGGGACAGCUUAUUUUUUUGGAAUGGAAUGCCAAGAUCAGAAGUUCUAUCCAGAGGGCUCUGGAGCACAGUAACGUUGUCAUCAAUCUUUUAGGACGAGACUGGGAAACCAAAAACUUUGAUUUUUCAGAUGUCUUUGCUACCAUUCCCCAGUCAAUAGCCCGGUUGGCCAAGGAGGCUGGAGUAGAAACGUUUAUUCAUGUUUCUCAUCUCAAUGCUGAUCUCAGAAGCACUUCUAAAUACCUGAGAAAUAAAGCCGUUGGAGAGAUGGCAGUGAAAGAUGAAUUUCCUGAAGCCAUCAUCCUGAAGCCCUCUGACAUUUUUGGUAGAGAGGAUAGAUUACUCAAUUACUUUGCAAAUUUUCGUUGGUUUGGUGGUGUUCCCCUCAUUUCAUUGGGCAGAAAUACCGUGAAACAACCAGUCUAUGUGGUGGAUGUAGCCAAAGCUAUCAUCAAUGCAAUUAAGGAUCCAGGUGCCCAAGGAAAGACUUAUGCUAUCACUGGGCCACAUAGGUACCUCUUGUGUGAUUUGGUGCGGUAUAUCUUUGCUGUGGCUCACAGACCAUAUGUCCCAUACUACAUGCCACGUUUUGCCUAUCAUUUGGUGGCAAGAAUCUUUGAGAUGAGUCCAUUCGAACCCUGGACCACAAAGGACAAAGUGGAACGAAUGCAUAUCACAGACAGGAAAUUGCCUCACCUGCCUGGCUUGGCGGACCUUGGGGUAGAGGCCACUUCCUUAGAACUCAAAGCCAUUGAAGUUCUUCGUCGUCAUCGUACUUACCGGUGGCUGGCUGCUGAAAUUGAAGAUGUAAAGCCACCCAAAACAGUUGACUUUUAA